AUGUCUUCGACUGCCACUAUCACAACCACAGCCACUCCGCCAAGCCAGUCCAGCUUGAAUGUCUCGACAGACAAGGAUGGCAAGGUGAAGCGGCUGCAAAAGAUUCCACAGUUUCCAACAAAGGAGGCAACAAGACGAUGGCAACUAGAACAAAUGGCUGGAGCCUUUCGCGUUUUUGCGAGACUUGGCUAUGCAGAUGGAAGCAGUGGUCACAUUAGCUUGAGAGACUCUGUUCAGCCAAACACCUUCUGGAUCAACCCUUAUGGCGUCCACUUUGGCCUCAUCAAAGUGUCUGACCUCGUCCACAUCGACGAAGAGGGCAACCGGAUCGGCGGCGCAGACAAGCUUGUCAACAAAGCCGGGUUCAUCAUCCACGCCGCCAUCCACAAGCGUCGCCCAGACAUUAACGCUGCCUGCCAUCUGCACAGCCCCUAUGGCCGCGCGUGGUCAACCUUUGGCAAGCCGAUCGAGAUGAUCAAUCAGGACAGUUGCAUGUUCUACAAGGAUCUUGCCGUGUACGCCAACUUUGGCGGUGUCGUGUUUGCCAAGGAGGAAGGUGCCCGUCUUGCUGAUGCGCUUGGUGCUACCAAGAAGAAUAUCAUUCUGCAGAAUCACGGUCUGCUGACUGCAGGGGGCACAAUUGGCGAGGCUGCAGCCUUCUUUAUCGCCUUGGAGAGGGCAUGUCAUGCUCAGCUGCUCGUUGAAGCAGCCGUCGCCCCUGAUGGAUCGCAGCUUGCCAAGACCUUGGUGAGCGAUGAGGAGGCACAGUACACCAAAGACGGGACUGGGACUCCCGAGGUCAUGUAUCUGCAGUUUGAGCCCGAGUAUCAGUAUACGCUGAAAGAGAGUGGAGGCGACUUCCUUCUAUAG